CCCAUAUAGCUGUGUCAUACUUUGAUUUUCACAGUUGAGCACUAGUUGCAAGAUUAGGUGUUGAAUCUGACUCGGGCACAAUACUCCACAACUGGCACCAAAAUCCAAUUCCCUUCCCGAACACGAGGCUGAGAGACAUUGCGGUCGCAAUCAAUUCAAGUACUUUGCAUCAUUCUACGGAAAGAAAUCAUUCAGGUUCAAGUGGAAGCUGCGACAUUUUUCGAUAAAACGCACGCAUUCACCGACAUUCUCAGUCAAAAUCUACUGGACCCGUGACAAAUUUCUACGACACACAUCUCAUCAGUGGCCCUCCUUCCAAAAACGGACCAAUGUCAUUCAACAAAUUAGCUGUAUCUGCUGUGAAUGGCGCACUAGAGAUACAGCCCGCACUUGCAAACAUCAAUUUCGACUUCUCGCUGUGGAAAGUGGCGCCACCAAAGGAGUUCGAAGGUGUUGGCGCUGCGCUGACCACUUUUCGAAGGAACGAGGCAGAGAAUGGCUGCGCACACCGAACUGCUCGGAAAUUGGGAGCACUUUUCGAGAAGGUGCUCCCAACUACUCCAAAACUCAUUAAGGCAUAUGGCCAGCGGGCCUCAGAGAUCUCCAAGGCUUCCUCUAUUGACGCGGAGGCCCGGGCGGCCUAUGGGGUCUUCGCCAGCCGAGUUGGAGCGGAUGCAACUAGCUUGUGGGCUGCGGCAACAUCAGGGAGUAGCGCAAUUGCGGUUCACUUACUUGCUUGUAUGUUGGCAAAGAUUUGGGAAGCGCCCGAAGCAACCUCGAUUUGGGUAGAGAUAACGGAGAAACGGAAGAAAGAGAUCAACGAUGACUUCGAACAGAAUAACAUUAGCGACAUGGCUAGUUUGGCUGCUGCAAAACAAGAGCUGACCCGAAGUCAAAUCUCUGAAUGGGAUGCAAGUGCUCGUGCUUGGCUCGGGGUAGCCGAUACUGAGAAAUGCCGACAACAGAAACAGCUCAUGCUGAUUUUGGAAAACGUUCAAACUUCCGUUAACAAGAUACCAGAGACAUACAGUAGCGUAAUAAGCGCAUGGAAAAAUGCUUUGAUUCAGAUGGAGGGUUUGAUCAACGGCGUAUCUCAAGAAGCUCAAGGCGGCGACAUCAUUCUAGGACUUUCGGCAUGGCAUCUAUUCCCCGACUUGAUGGUUGUUGCUCCUCGUCCAACGCCAGUCCGCCAGCGUGAUCCCAUUUUCGCCCAUGGCGGGGUGUUAACCAUUGGACUGGUCAAUCCGAAUACUCAAGAUAGGGGCGUCCAUUGGUCUCUUCCACUUGCACACCUGCGGCACUAUGGAGUUCCAGUCGUUUCUUUGAGAUCAAUUGACAGUAAUGAGCGAUCGAGAAUUUCUACCGGCGAGCUACUUCUAGCUACAUUUGGCUGUGUUUUACAAGGGUGGGGCGAAGCCGGCAACAACACCCUUCAAGCCGUCACCUGGCUUAAUAAUGUCGGCAGGCUUCUUGAGAAGUCUCGGUCAGCCGGAGGACGCUCUGCCUGCAUUCUUUUAGAAGGAGAUGCUGCUCUCUCUUGGUUUUCCCUACUACUUGCAGCUGCAAGACAAUACCUCGAGUCACAGGGAAAUGAACGCAAAACGGCGAAUAAACUCAUCCUCCUGGGUCGAAAGCAUGGGAAGCGGUUCUUGGAUCGGCCAGCUGAACCCUUAUUUGGAUUGCUAGGUGUUCCAAGCACAGUUCGCCCUGACAACUCUCAGGGCAAUCCAUCUACACACAAACCUGAAGCAAGACCUACAGAUAUCGUUGCAGGAAUAUCUUCUGAGUCUUCUAUGCUGUUAUCUAGGGUUGGUCAGAGAGGGAGUUAUGUUAAUCUAAUCACUGCAGAUGACGACAAGAUACACUUCCUAAGAAUGGUGGCCCUGAAUAUCGCUGGUGGCAUGAGCCUUGAUCCUACCCAAAUAUUCAUCCGCUACAAGCGUCACUAUCCUAAAUGGUCAAAACAUGUGUAUGAGUACACUACCGCUUUACCAUGGCACCGAGCCACACCAAAACGAAAGUUCGACGAAAGCAAAUCCGGAGCCGACGGUCAUACGCGGUGGUUGUAUAGGGGGGGAAGUUUACUGAGGAGAGGAACUGAUCGAAGGUACUACGACAGAUUAGAUGCGACUUUUCCUGAGACUGGCGAUCUCCAACGUAUACCGGGAGAUUUCUGGGAGUUCCACAAAAGUAAAAAUAGCUCAGUGCGGCCCGGAACCGAUCGCAACAUCUUUACCGAAGAGGAAGGGCAAUCAAUUUGUCAGGAAUUUGAAAACCGGAAACGCUUCUAUGCAUCACUUGGAGAACAUACAAUUGAUCGAGAAAGCGAGCUCAUUGAAGACUUUGAUUCUAUGAGAAUGGGCGUAUUCUGGGAUAAUAUGGGUUGCGUGGGUGGAAAUCAGGGACAAACACCUUGGUAUCGAUUAAUAUAUGGAGAUGAAAACUCAGCAGGAUUGUUUGUUGUCGAGGGCAGAGGAAACAUGCUGGCUCUUAUACGGUCUAACGGUACGGAAGCCGCAGACUUUUCUAGUCUAUUCGAAGCAGGAAAGAUUGAUGCUACUGCAAUUUCGAACCAACUGCUACGAACAUUCCACAAUGCCAAUGCGGCAGUGGAUCCUCACCUCAAAGCCCUCAAAGCAGUAUCAACUGCUGCAGCAAUGUACCGGAAAUUUCCGAAUACGUCUGUUGAUGUUCGAAUUUUGCAGCAACCGAUCUGGAAAGCAGCUUGGGUAAAAGAGUGUUAUGAUGCCCCCCCCGAACAAGAUAUGGACAGAAUACCCUCUUCUCUGGAGCCUUACCAUUUGGAACGCUCAACAGCGUUCGCAUGUAUCGCCAUGUUUGAGUCUGGCAUCUAUGAUAUUGAUCCGAGCUUGCUCGAGAAUGUUAUCGCCAUGUCAUCCAUUGACUCGAUUUACAUUGGAGGUGCCUUGCUGCUGGAUCCACAAGAGCUGGCAUAUUCUGGGGAUAUACGGCGUGUUUUAGGCAAUAUAGGCAGGCCUGGUAUGGCUUUCCUUAUACCACCUGUUGAUCCCAUGAUACGGGAAGUGAAGAUGGCUGAAUGGUCUCGAAUUGACCGGGAUGAAUUUGAUGGGGAUAUGCGCGACUGUUUUGAGAGCACAUCGCUACAUCUCUCUUUCACUGGAGCAAAUACUCCUAUAAAUCUGGGCUUCUCAGGUGGACAGGACGUGGAUGUCUAUUUGCUGGAGACACUUAUUUCGCUAAGGGAUGGCGGUGAAUGGAUUGCAGAUUUGGAUAUCUUCAACACUAUCGACAAUGUGAGGCUCCGGAAAAUGAGCGACUGUCAAGACCAUAACCAUAACAACGUGGUUGCGCCACACAAUUUCACGGCGAUCGAUAAUUGGUUCGGUCUGAUUGAUGCCCCAGAAACACCUAUGAGCAUUGUGCGGGCUCACAAAAACUGGCAGGCUCGACUCGCAGCUACAACGAUUAGUAUUGCUCUCGGAUAUGAGACGGUUGUUCUAUCGGAUCACCCAUGUUGGUGUUGUUUUAACAACAAGGCUAAAGAAAUGGCGUGGGGUAAAUUUCUGAAAGUUAUUAUUAUAGGGUAGAACCUUUUAUUCAAGAAAUAUACAUAGGUUCAGC